AUGGCUGCUACUCAUGGAAGAAUAGUCUUGUUCACGUUUCUUGCAACAUUUAUGUGGUUUAAUGCCCAAAAUGCAUUAGUGAGUUGUGCUUUAACACCAAAAUUACAAAAGAAAAUAGCUAAAAUCAACCAAGAGGGUCCUUAUUUGGGUUUAGUCAUACCAAAUUCUUUUGAACUUAAUCCUCUUCUUCAAAAUCCAGGCUAUACUCCUACUAAUACCAUCAUAGAUUUUUCAGGAAGGAGAUUUCGUUUUGGAUCCAUUGGCAACAAAUCUGUUAUAUUGGUCAUGACCGGAUUGAGUAUGAUAAAUGCAGGUAUAACAACACAGCUUCUGUUAAGCUUUUUUAAUAUAGAUGGAGUUGUUCAUUAUGGUAUUGCUGGAAAUGCAAACCCUUCAUUGCAUAUUGGAGAUGUUGCUAUUCCUAAUUAUUGGGCUCAUUUGGGACUUUGGAGCUGGCAGAGAUUUGGAUUAGGAGCUAAUGAUACGUUACCAUUAGAAAACAAUGGAGACUACACAAGAGAUGUAGGGUUCAUCAAAUUUUCAGAUUUCACCUCAAACAUAAGUGCUGCUGAUAGUCUCACAGUUGAUAACCAUCUCAACCGUCUUUGGUAUCAACCAGAAGAGAUUUUUUCAGUUGAUGGCAUUCCUGAACAAAGGCAACAUGCAUUAUGGGUUCCCGUUGAUUCCAACUACUACCUCAUUGCCAAAAAACUUGAGAAAAUGAAGCUAGAGGCAUGCAUAGACUCAGACACAUGCUUGAGAACAACCCCAAAGGUUGUGCUUGUGGAGAGAGGAACAAGUGCAGGAAUCUACCUAGACAAUGCAGCAUACAGAACCUUCAUUCACAAUAAAUUUAACGUUAGUCCGAUUGACAUGGAAAGUGCAUCAGUUGCUCUUAUAUGCUUGCAACAAAGGAUUCCCUUCAUUGCUAUUAGGGCUCUCUCCGAUUUGGCAGGCGGUGGCACCGCCGAGUCGAACGAGGUUGAUACCUUCUCGCCACUCGCCGCCACUAACUCCGUCGCUGUUGUCAUUGAGUUUGUAAAGCAAUUGUCUCGUCAUUUCUAG